AUGGCUCCUCGCGCUCCGCGCAAGUCUCCUGAACAGAAGAAGAAGAUGGCUGCUCAGCAGCAGGGUGUGGUUGGUGACGUCGCCGAUGCUUCUACUCCCUCAUCCAACCUCAAGAUCCCCGAGUACGCGCGGUCUCAGGUGGGGGAUAAGUCGUAUCUGGACCAGAGCCUCCCGCCAAUGCAUAAGCUGGAAGAUAUUUUCCAAGAUUUGGCCUCGAAUGCGUUGCGCCUCGGAUUGCAAAACGUUCUUGAUAUUUUGGGAGAUCGGCCGCUGAAAGUGGCGACCGUGUGUUCGGGCACAGAAAGCCCGCUGUUGGCACUUGAGAUGAUCGAAAAGGUUUUACCUUCAGAACGGCGAUUUCGUAUCUCACAUCUGUUCAGCUGUGAGAUUGUUCCAUUCAAGCAAGCGUAUAUUGAACGGAACUUCGGGCCCAAAAUCAUCUUCCGAGAUCUGACAGAGCUCGGAGGAACUGAAGCCCGAACGGCCUAUGGUUCGUUGGCGGAUGUGCCCAGCGAACUAGACAUCUUGAUCGCCGGCACUGCGUGUGUCGAUUUUUCCCCGCUCAAUACUCAGCAGAAGGGCCUUGACGAUGGCGGUGAGUCAGGCAAGACUUUCUUGGCCCUUAUCGAGUACGCGACGAAGAAUCGACCACGGAUCGUCAUCAUGGAGAACGUCCGAGGAGCCCCCUGGAAGAGAUUUGCGGAUCACUGGACCGGGAUCGGGUACGAUGCUUUCCACAGCAUCGUUGACUCGAAACAUUAUUAUGUCCCGCAGACCCGCAUCCGAGGCUAUAUGGUAUGUGUCGACAAUGAACGGCGGCUGGAAGAUGCUGGCAAAGAGUCCUUCGGCGCUGACUGGGACAACCUGGUCAAGUCAAUGAAGCGACAGGCUAGCUCUCCGGCCGGCAUGUUCCUCCUGAAUGAAGACGACCAUCGACUGGAGCAGAUAUCCAGGGAUUCUGGUCGCGCGGAGUCCAACCGCGAAGUCGAUUGGAGUCGUUACCAGGAACGGCACAAGAGAUACCGUAUAGACAUGGAAUUGGGUGACCGACGACCUAUCAGCAGGUCCCUACCAGGGGGGACGGUUUCCAUGCCGCCAGAUUUCUACUGGCCACCAUUUUUCAAAGCGCAGGUCGAGCGGGUCUGGGAAACCCUCGACCUCAAGUUCCUUGUCAACCUGCUCAAGGGGGCUGACAUGAACUUCAAGGAGCGCUGGGUGGAUGUUUCUCAGGGUGUUGACCGGGGCAACGAGAGUGGAAAGAACUUCGGCGUGGCGGGAUGCCUAACUCCAAACGGCGUGCCGUUCAUGUCAACUCGUGGGGGACCGAUGUCCGGACUCGAAGCGCUUGCCCUCCAGGGCUUGCCAAUCGACCGGAUGAUCCUCGCGAAGGAGAAACCGAAGGAACUUCAAGACCUCGCCGGCAAUGCUAUGACUUCCACGGUGGUCUGUGCUAUAAUUCUGGCGGCACUUAUAACGUUCAAGGAGGUGUUGAAGGACGGCGCAGAAUCCAGGGCGCAAGCCGUUGUUCAGCCGAAAGUUGAGUUUGCAUUGAAGGAUGGUGACAAGCUCCUACCCAUCCCCAAGAUUGCGGAGAGCGGGCCCUGGGGUCUCGACGCUCUUCUUGCCGUUGCUGCCCGCACUGUGGCCUACUGCCAGUGCGAAAAGCAGUCUGGAAGCAAAAACGACCUUGUCCAAUGCACUCAAUGCGGACAUACGGCUUGCAUGGCCUGUGCUGGAAGCCCAACACACUCUUAUAAAGAACUGAAACUCAAGGUUCGUCGUACUAACCCAUCAGAUUUCAAGAAGCUUCUCAAGGGAAUCUUGCCCAUGCGUCUUGUGCUCGAAGAUCUUCCCGUUAAAGCCUUCCAGGAGUACCGCAGCUUGUUCCCUGGUGACACGACAGCUCCACCAUCGCGCGAGUUCGAGAAAUAUCUCGGGGCCGUUAGCGCUGCACUACGUGACGAGGUCCGAUUUUUCGACAUUCGUCGUAGCGAGCAAUGGACCGUGAUGUACGAAGGUGACAACUCUUCCCUUCGCCUUUCAAUCACCGAGAAGGAGAUCCGAUGGUUUGUGUACGGCAAACCUCCAUCAUCAUCAGCAGCACGGUGCUUGCUGAGAGAGAUUAUGAAGAAACCAAUCGCAAGGAUGACGGUGACCCAGGGUUCUUUGCUCAAGGGUGAAUGGGAAGUGUGCGCACCGAUCAGCACCGGAUUCUGCUUGUCAAUUUCGGGCUUUGGAGAGCAGGUCAGAUCGUACGAGGCCGAGUGUGGCUUGGUACGAGAAGACUUUGUCAACUCCAAGGUCUGGACCCAGAUUCGUGUCUCUGCUGAGGAUAAAGACGUUGUGAGCCUGGACGUCGAUGUGCGCGGCGAAUAUCAGUUCCUUCCCGACUGUGGUACGGCCUUGGGCUCCCUGUAUACAAAGGAGGCCACCACAUUAUCACCCAGCGUGUACCUGUUUCUCGACCCCAGCAAAAAUGGUGCUGUUUGUCUUGACUCAUGCGUCUUUUCACUCGAGCAUGGUCGUAUUCCUGGCUAUGCUCCACGCAUGACGAUUGCCGAAUUAUCACCUAGCUGGCGAGCAGUACACGUCCAGAGCACUCCGGCGUCAAUCACCGCAUUCGUUCGGGCCUGGCGAACGGUCGCAAAUGCAUAUUUGAAGCAAAUUGUGAACACCGAGGUGGUGGAGCGCUUGCGCGUAGCCCACCCGAAUACCUCAGUUGAUGAGACAUCUUGCUCUCAGUCAUUUAUCACUUUGGCUUCAUUGACUGCUCAAGCGACCAUGCUUAAUCUCCCAGAGAGAUCCUCUCCCUGGCAAGCACUGAGCUCUGAUAUAUCGAUAGCUCUGAAGGACCUGUCAUGGGCCAUUCAGGGAGUUGCAGCUGUAGCUGGCUCCCUAGACUGGAUGCAAAUCGAUUGGAACAAGCUUAUGCCCAGUAGUCAAGCUGCCAUCUGUGGCCACUGCGUCCCCAUGCCUCCAGGCACUAUCUGGUGCCUUGGGCGGGAUGGCAAGAGUGUUGUUCCUCUCGAAGACCCCAAAGGCGCAGCUGAGUUUGAGCGCGCCAUUAAGACAAAACCGCCGGCGUUUAUGGUGUUCAGCCAUGUUGACACUAUCGGAAUUGGGGAACUGAGAUUUGCGCUGAAUGUCCAGUCCAUGGCCCACCAGGCCUUCGGGAAUCUUAUAGAUCCCAAAUGUCCCGAAAUCAGCAAGAACACCCGCUUCCGCUGGCGCCUUCUUUCCAAUGUUACGGAAUUGGUCAGGACAAGGUGCCAGAGGAUGGAUAUUGCCGGCAACAAUGAAGAACUUUGCUCUGCUCAGCCCGUUAUGCGGCUCUCAUUGCGCCGGGACCAGCUACGGUCCCUGACCUGGAUGGUCGCGCAGGAGUCAGAUGACAUCAAACCGUUCUUUGAGGAAGAAACGGAGGAGGCAACUUUACCAUUAAUGUCAUGGCGAGCAGAAGUAAGAGUCUCCAUGCCUAAAACUAUCCGUGGGGGCAUACUUGCCGAUGAUGUGGGAUAUGGGAAAACCGCCAUCAUCCUCGGUCUCAUCGCAACACAGCGCCAAAAUGACAUGGAGAUUCCCGACAAACCUUCCCAGAGUGCAGGAUUUAUCGCGACUAGUGCAACCCUCAUUGUCGUGCCUGAGCAUCUCUUUAACCAGUGGAAGGCCGAAAUCCCCAAGUUCCUUGGACGGCGUUGUAGUGUGCUCUCGAUGUACAACAUCAGCGACCUGGCCCAGGCCACGGUUGGGGAAUUCAUGGAGGCCAACAUUGUUCUGGUAACGUGGGAUUUACUCAAUAAUCUCACCUAUUACCAGCGGAUGAGGUCGUUCACUGGCAGCCCUGCAGUCCCCGAGCGUGGCGGAGAACGGAUUUUCGACAACUGGUUUAUGAAGGCCGAGCGUUCCUUGCGAGAACUCGUGCCGACGCUCCAACAAGAGGUUCCUGAAGGCGGUCCCGAGAUCUUCUCCCAAGAAGCACUGGCUCGUUAUAAGCAAGUGCUAGAAGACCAGGCUGAAUCAACCUAUUGCCCCUCAAAACGGCUGCGCGGAAAAGCCUUCGCACUUGCUCAGCAGAAAUCGGAAGAGGAUGCCGACACCAGUAGAUCACAGACGGAAGUAUCUCUGCCAGAUCACCCUCGGCCCUCUGAAGGGUUCCGUUCAGCAAGCGGCUCGCGUCACGCCAGUGUGUUUGAGCGUAUGGGUAGUACGCUCACACGGGCAACGAGUACGGCAACUCGGGAACAGAGCCAGCGUGUCGAAGUCCAAGAUUCCUGGCCGGAUGAGAUGGAUAUCGAGGAUGAUGGAAAAUAUAUGGGUGACGACGUCGAGCCCGCUGCACGAAGUAAGACCUUUGGUGAGAAAGGCGGCACUACCGCGGGCCAAAAGCGAAAGCGUACUGAUUUUGAAGGCAAGCCCAAUGUCAAGGGUCCUCUGACCGACGAAGAAAAAUUGAAGCGUGAAGCUGCAGCCAUCAAGAAGCGCUUCAAUAUUCAACCCGACAUGUGGAUGAUGAAAGGCCUUCCGAUCCACGCUUUCAGCUUCGCUCGGCUCGUCGUCGACGAAUAUACGUACACCAAGGAGGAUAAACAAUGCUCACUUGUCUCUCUGCGUGCGUGGUCAAAGUGGGUGCUCUCCGGCACACCCGCGACGGGUGAGUUCGCCGAUGUCAAGAGCAUCGCGCGAUAUUUGGGUAUCUACCUAGGCAUCGACGAUGACGGCAACCACCCGACGGAGAAUGCCCGGCUAAACCAAGCCCGCAAGUGCCUAUCGGGUCUCGAAUCCUUGCAACUGUUCCAGGUGCCUCGUAGCCAGGCGUGGUAUGAGCACCGACGGGACCAUGCUCAGGGCUUCCUCGAUGUAUUCGCACGAAAAAAUCCAGCCCUGAUCAGCCACAUCAAGGUGACAAACCACCCAAUUCUGUGCAAGCAGUUCCCUGCGGAUUGGAAAAUUUAUUAUGCUCUGCAUUGUCACCUGAAAAAGGAACAUGGCCAAUUGCGCAUAAUGCGGAACACCCAGAAUGACCUGCAGGUCGAGAGAAUGAAUGAGUUCCUUUACGAGAAGGGUCACAACCCUUCUCAUUCUUCCUUGUUGAAAUGUGCAACGGUGUCUGACCUUCGCGGCUUUGCUUGGAGUGUGGAAAAGUGUCGGUCCAAGCUUCAGAAACAGCAGAACGCCCUCGAUAAGUGCUGGAAAAAUUUGGAAUUCCUGACCAAGCAAACGGUCCUUGCAAAAAGCCAAUGGGCUGUCCGCUCGUCAGUCUGGGCUGAUUUCUUGACGAAUGUUUUCGCUUCCCGGUUUGGUGAUCAUGAAGCAAUGAUCGAGGCCCGCCGCCGGAUGACGAAUAUUUCGGCGUUGUAUGAGACCUGGGUCGGGGUUGAAUCCAAGGAGAUAUCAGAUGUCAUCAAUCAAGUCACCGAGCGGUUCAAAAAGAAAACCGAAACCAAGGCUUCCCGGGCUGCUGCUGAAAAAGCCACCGCUGAACAAGCCGCCGUUGAAGAAGCCACCAAUUUAUCCGCCACAGAUAUCGAUGACGGGGAUACAGCAUCUUCAAAUAGCCUUGGAAGUGAUUCCAAGGGUGGCAACGCGCAUAAUGGCAAUAGGAAGAAGAAAAAGAAGACACCGCCCUUGAAGAAAGCAAAGAUGUCCCUUGUAUCUGCUGAUAAAGAAUUGAUGAUAACCCGGGGCGCCAGAGAGCAGGGUGUCGCCAAGAAACUUCAUAUUGACACCGUUGCAGCCUUGCGCACAGUUUGCGAGACCUUUCAACGAGUUCGAUUCUUCAAGGCCAUGAUAACCCUUCAAACCGCCGCGGAGCAACGCUGCGAUUCCUGCAACAACAUUUUCGCGUCAAUGUCCGAUGUUGUCGUACUCAGAUCUUGCGGGCACAUCCUCUGCGAAAACUGCAUCGAGGCUUGUGACUCGGCAGAACAGAUCUCCACCGUGGCUUCAAAGGCAGAAGAGCAAACCGACAUUGAGGGUUCUGAUGCAAAAGAACGAACUGUUACGAAGGCGGAGCGAACAUGUCCAUUAGAGAAAUGCAAUGGCUCAACCCAGCCAGGGAAGCGCAUCCAUGGCCGCACUCUCAACGAUACGGAUGAUACUAGCCGCAAAUUGACCAGAAUGAUACGCAUAAUCAAGGGUACUCCACCUGACGACCAAGUUCUGCUUUUUAUCCAAUGGGAGGACCUGAUUGACAAAGCGAAACGUGCUUUGUUAUCCGCAGAUAUCGAUUUCAUAUGGGCGAAAACUGCGACUGAUGUGAAGCUAUUCACCCCACCGGGCCCUUUGGAUGGCCCCAAAAAGUGGGGCUGGAAGAAGAAAGAGGAUAAGGAGAAAACAGAGGGCCAGGGACAAAAGCCGCGGCCUAAAGUCCUCAUACUUCAACUUGGACAGGUCGUGUCCUCUGGAUUGAAUCUUCAAUGCGCCAACCAUGUGAUUUUUCUGUCACCAUACAAUGCCGCAGACUGGUACGAGUAUCAGGCAUCAAUGACCCAGGCAAUCGGCCGGGCCGUUCGUUAUGGGCAGGAGAAGCAUGUGCACAUUUACCACCUGCUUUCCAUGAACACCGCAGAUGUGACUGUCUUCCAGGCUCGCAAUCAGGGAUCCGUUGUCUGGCGUGGCUCCAAAGCCUUCAUCGUGGACAAAAAGUAUCUGGAUCAACGUCCAGAUUCUAUUUUGCUGCUGAGAGGGCCCGAUCUUAACUUUGGGAUGGGUGACGGUCUUGAUACUGCCGAGUCGAAUUCAAAGAUGAAAGACCGCGAAGAAGAUGAAGCGAUAAUCAACGAGGUGGUUGAUGAUUUGCUUGAGGAAGUUGUCACCGAAGCAGCCGAGGCCGCGGUAGGGUACACGGAUGAGGACAUCGUGGACAGCAGUCCUCCUGAUUGGGAGUAUGAAAUUGACCAGGGUGAUGUGAUGGAUUCGUAUGAAUAG